AUGAGGAGACGCAUCAGUCACUGCGUCGCAGCGUCGAGCUGCUGGAGAAGGCUGCGGAGCGCCCUGCGGUGGACACCGCUAACGCACGCAUCGUGCCAGGGCUGUGGCAGUCAUAGUAUUCGUGCAGCGGCCCCGUUGAGACUUCACAGUACCUCCACAGCGGCGCCGGUUUGGCAGCGCAUCGUGGCGAGCAUUCAGGAGGCAGUCGAGAAAGUAGAUGACAUGGAGUCGUGGUGGCGAUUCUGUCGGCUGUGGCGCACGCACUUCCCGCAGGCAGCGCCUGACGUUCUCCCACAGGUGUUGGAGGAUGAGCUCCUCCUGUGUGGCAAGCAGGAUGGGGCGGAUGAAGGGGAAGAGAAAAACAACGCCACGGAGCGUGUCCCGCAUGACCUGCACUGUCUUCCGGUUUUUUUGCAAGCCUUGUGUGCAGCGGUGCAGCUGGGGGAGGCGCGACUGCGCAUGUCUGCCUCUGUCACCGAGAGCGGCACAAACGCAGAGAAUGCGUUUCUCCUUGCCGUCCUUGCGGAGCUUCGUGUGGUGGCUUUCUACCUGGCGCAGGAGCGAUUGCCACACACCCUUCACGCGGCGCAUGACCGCCUGGCGGAGGCUGCCCAUACAAGGGCCGAAAACAGUACAAAAGACAUUGUACUGAGAUCCGCACCCUUUUGUUCUCGUGAUGCUGAGCGUGUGUGUCAGAUGGGCGUACGGCUCACACCGGAGGAGUUGCAGCAGGCUGUCGUUCUGGCUGAGACAAGUGCUGCGCUGCUGGCGCUAUCUCCGCCAGUAGCGCUCUUGCCAUCCCUGUACCGCCUGCUGCUCCCCGCCUUGGGGGCAUGCGAACAACUGGAAAACCGCCAACUCGGCGCUCUUGCCACUGCGAUCGCUCGAGGCGCGGAUUUUGAUGACCCCAAUGGCAGCAAGGACGUUUCCGCUUGUCCUGCAACUGCGCAAACGGCAGACCCCAGCAGCGAGGCCCUGCGGCCAACCAUGACGUCCUACACGGUGCUGUCACACCUGCAUGCCGUUGCUUGCGCGUUGGAGGGGCGCAUGCGGGAGUCCAUGCAACGACGUGGGUCCGCAGGGCGGGAGCCAGACCAUUUCUCCGUUCGUCAAGCUCAGCUGCGACUAGUUUCGUUAAAGCAGCGUAAGGAGUUCGAGAAGCAACGCGCGAUGGAGCGUGCAAGGGUUGGCGGCGGUGCCGUCGAUAUGGUGCCGUUGGAGACGGUAGGGGUGGUAUGCAGUGCUCUUGCCGCGCGGCGCUACGCCGACGGUCAUUUCUGGAAGGCCGUAACAGAUUACACGGUCGUCUCUCUCCAAGCCGCUGUGUCUUCUUCCUCGUCCUCUUCGCCCCCCUCCUCCUCCGCGCUUCACCCUGACCUCGUACAGGACGUGCGGGAUAUUUUGUUUGCGUUGGACCAUGUCCAUCAUACAGCUCACUUUGACUGCGUGAUGUCACUGUUGGUUAAGCUGCGCCUGCUGGAAAAGCCGAUUCCGCCUCCGUCGUCGCUGCGGAAUGCCAUGAAGGCGGUGAAGGGACGAACUGCGGAAGCAUUUGACCGGUAA